GCGACGCGCUGAUUGGCGGAGACCCCGUGCGUGUGUGUGUGUGAGAGAGCGAGCGAGCGAGAGAGAGGCUGCAGCGGAGCGAGCCGCGAACGAGAGGCACAGUCCGCUCCGGUCACCCGCCUAAGGGACUCUCUCGUAUUGUCGACCCCCCAGCAGGUAACCAACGGCCUCGAGAAAAAUCAGCAUGGAUAAAAACGAGCUGGUGCAGAAAGCCAAACUGGCUGAGCAGGCUGAGAGAUAUGAUGACAUGGCAGCCUGCAUGAAGUCUGUGACUGAGCAAGGAGCAGAAUUGUCCAAUGAGGAGAGGAAUCUUCUCUCUGUCGCUUACAAAAAUGUUGUAGGAGCACGUAGGUCUUCUUGGAGGGUUGUCUCAAGUAUUGAACAAAAGACAGAAGGUGCUGAGAAAAAGCAGCAAAUGGCCCGAGAAUACAGAGAGAAAAUUGAGACUGAACUAAGGGAUAUCUGCAAUGAUGUGCUGUCUCUGUUGGAAAAGUUCUUGAUUCCUAAUGCCUCACAAGCAGAAAGCAAAGUUUUCUAUUUGAAAAUGAAAGGUGACUACUACCGUUAUUUGGCUGAAGUUGCUGCUGGUGAUGACAAGAAAGGGAUAGUGGAACAGUCGCAGCAGGCAUAUCAGGAAGCCUUUGAAAUCAGCAAAAAAGAGAUGCAGCCAACACAUCCCAUCAGAUUAGGAUUGGCUCUAAACUUCUCUGUGUUCUAUUACGAGAUCCUGAAUUCUCCAGAGAAAGCCUGUUCCCUUGCAAAGACUGCUUUUGAUGAAGCCAUUGCUGAACUUGAUACAUUAAGCGAAGAGUCAUACAAAGACAGCACACUAAUAAUGCAGUUACUGAGAGACAAUUUGACAUUGUGGACAUCAGAUACCCAAGGAGACGAAGCUGAAGCAGGAGAAGGAGGGGAGAAUUAAUCAGCCUUCCAAUUUUUGUCUGCCUCAUUCUAAAAUUUACACAGUAGACCAUUUGUCAUCCAUGCUGUCCCACAAAUAGUUUUUGUUUACGAUUUAUGACAGGUUUAUGUUACUUCUAUUUGGAUUUCUAUAUUUCCCAUGUGGUUUUAUGUUUAAUAUUAGGGGAAUAGAGCCAGUUAACAUUUGGGGAAUUUUUGUUCAUCCAAGGUGGCCAAUAUCGGGAUGUGGAAUUUUUAUAAAAGUUUUACACAUUUGGCAUAGUAAUCUUGGUACUUUGUGGCUUCCCACAAAAGCCAAUGUUAAACAGCUUCCUAUGUUGAGCAAAGAAAAAAACUGCUUGCAUAUUGGUCUGUCACAGUGGUUAAAAAGGGAUGAUUGGUUGCAGCCACACAGGUGUAGUGAACGUGGGUACUUCAAAGGUGGAACACACAGCAAGGAAAAUUCAUGUCCCAUGGAUAUUACAUGUCAAUCAUGUGAAUCUGUGGAACCUUCAGUCCCAAGUAUACAUCUUUGAUAGCAGCUGGAAAGUGUUUCUAAGGUGGUUUGCUAACCCAGUGAACUUUCUCUAGGGAAGGGCAUAAAUGGUUCACAUUCCAUUACUUGUAAAGUUACCUGCUGUUGCUUUCAUUAUUUUUGCUACACGAUUUGUUUGUAUUUAAAUGGUUUAGGCAACCUAAGAACAAAUGUACAAGUAAAGAUGCAGUAAAAAUGAGAUGCUUGAUAUCCAUAAUUACACUGUAUAUCGAGCACAGCAGUAAAACAAACCCAUGUAUUUAACUUUUUUAGGGUUUUGCUUUUGUGAUUUUUUUUGAUACUUUGCCUAACAUGCAUGUGCUGUAAAAAUAGUUAACAGGGAAAUAACUUGAGAUGAUGGCUAGCUUUGUUUAAUGUCUCCUGAAAAUUUUCAUGAACAAUCUAAGCAUAACUGUUAAGAACAUGUGUAUUAAGUUGAUGUAAGUGGAAUAAAAGUUUUAUGAAUGGA